UUCAAAUAGUACCUAUUAUUGUUUAUGCAAUGCUUGUAUUUUAGGACAUGGAGACAGUAUUUUAUUUUUAUAAAUCGUUUUGAGUUGUGGUUUAAUUCGUGAUCAUGUAUAUAGCUUGUAAUGGAGACACAAUUUUGACACAAAAAAUAUAAUUGUUGACUUGUUUACGAAGUGUCAAACACACCCAUAUUUUCACGACAAAAGUUAGAGACGAAACUCCUCUUACAUAAGGUUUAUUUAUGCGAAUAAGAAUAGCGACAUUUACUAUCCAUCUCUUUUAACGGUUUUCUCAGAAUGUUCAUGUAUAUGUGAUUGUUUCUUUCCUACUUCGGUUAACAAGUUCUUUAUGACGCGACAAUUCGCUUAACGUUCAUCACUUCAUUGUACAUUAACGAGAGCCGUACGAGAUCACGUUUUUACUUGAAUGUUAACUUCACGUAACUGGAGUUAAAAUUAAGGAUCCCCCCCCCCCCGACACACUUAACUCUCAUUGGAGAUUUGUCUCUGUUCUGUUUUGCAAAAUAAAUUUUCGAAUAGUCAUGUCAUCUAAACCCAAAACAAAGAGAAAGCGCAAAGUCAUAACGAUCCAACAAAAACAGGAAAUUAUCAACAAAUUCGAACAAGGCUUUAAAAGAAGUGUUCUUUGUACUGAAUACGGGCUCCCCCCUUCGACUGUUGCAACCAUAUGUGCUCAAAAAGAAAGACUAAAAUCUGUGAAGGUAAUUGAUAAAUCAACCAGAGUCUUUAAAAACAGGUCUUUCAUAGUCGAAGUAGAGAAGCGUUUGUUAAUGUGGAUAAAGGAAAAACAAAAGACGGGGGACCAAGUAAAUAUGGAAGUUAUUCGUGAAAAAGCCUUAGAGAUUUAUGAACAUGUGAAGAACAGCUUCCCCCGUAGUUCAGAUUACGAAAUUCGUCCAUUUAAGGCUAGUCAAGGUUGGUUUCAUAAAUUUAAAAAGAGAGCAGAAAUUGCGAACUUGGCAGGCUCAUCAAAUAAAAACUUAUAUUUAAACAAAAAAAAGCAGCCUCCUAGCUCUCCUGCUACAGUUCUUAUCUCAGACAGUAACCAUCCUCCAUCUCCACCUGCCAAAAUUCCUAAGAGGCAGGCUUUUCUCAAAGAAUUUCAGGAAGAAAAUUUGAAAAUAAAGAAAAAUUGUCAAGAAAAUGAUUUUACUGACAGGCAAAAUAUUGGUCAUAUCUCUAAGAUAGCUGAGAAUUCUCAGGAACCUUCAAUCAAAAACCUUAUCUGUGUGGUUGAGGAGUCUGAAAAUAUGCCAGAUCCAGUUCGAUUCUCUACUUUUCAAGUUCCAAUACCUACUACGCAACCACAGGCCAUUGAAAUACCACAGCCUCAAGGGAAGAAAAUAUUUAUUCUUGCUGAUCAUCAGAAAAAUGUAAUGUCCAGCCUAGCAUUGCUAUGGAAGAGUGGAAAAUUAUGUGAUGCUAGUAUUGACAAUGGUUCAUCUACAGUGAUGGUACAUAAAGUUGUCUUAUUUGCUGUAUGUCCUAAACUGUUGUCAGUAUUUGGUGCAGAGAUGCUCUCUCAGAACUUUCUCCACAUUAACUUACCACAGGAAGUUAGCACAAAAGCCUUAGAUGCUUUUGCUGAUUAUAUGUAUAAUGGAAUUCUAGAUCUUGAUCCAAAUAUUUUACAUCAGUUAAAAAUCAUUGCAAAACGUUUGGAAAUGAAAGAUUUUGAACAACUGUGUGAUAGUCAACUGCCUAAUACAACACAUCAGCAACCUAUUACAACUACUAAUGCAUUUGUUGCUUCCAACCCAAUGACAGGUAAUGUAUCUGUGUCACAAAAUGUUACAACACCGAAUCAGCUUUCUCCAUGUUUCUCUUCAAUAUCAUCUAACUUUCUUUCAACUAACACUACACUAUCCAGUGGUAUUAAUGACAAGAUUUCAAGAGCUGAAUUAUUACCCAAAGAAAAUAGAGUUACAUUGUUUGGAAACAACUCUAAGGUUGCCUUAUUAGAUACUAUAGAUAUCAAUUCCUCUGGUAAUUUUGUCAUGGCUCCCACGGUGAAGAAUGAACCCAUGGAACCUGAAGAAAGCAGAUAUGAGCAUAGUAAGUUCUAUUCAUCCAUUCCAAUUUCAAACGGUUCUCGGACACGAAGCACCAUGCUGAAUUGUAAGGAUGCAUCCACUUCAGAAUUUGUUUUACCAUUGUUAGAUACCACACAUAGCAAAGCAAUAACAAAUGUGAUGCGUGGAACAUCAUCUAAAUUAAAAUCUAAUACAUUUGAAAGCUCUUUACAUUCUAACUUAGAAUUUGCAUUGCGUACUGAAAAGAACAUGUGUUUCCAAUCUAACCCCAUAAGAGAAAACCCUUCUAAACCACAAAAUCAAACUAUAACAAUUCAGUCAUUUGAUAACAUGGUGACAUCUAGUGGCAAUAAAAGUGUGUAUCCUGCAGGACAUUUUACAGUAGGAAGGAACAGAAAACAAUUAUCAUCAGUGCAACUGCCAGUAUGAAGAUGCUGGUUUCUAUAGAACAGAUUACCUUACUCGAAAUCAUGAAAAAGAGAAUGGAUUGUGUUGAGUUUUUUUAAGUGUUUGUGCUAUUUUGUAUGUGUAUCAUGAUUUUAUGUUCAUGGGCUGGAUGGUUCAGUGGGAUCUAACAGGUUGGAAAACCACAUCUUGCUAUUGUGGCUCGACUUUUGGCAUGGUUUCUAUGACUGGCUGCCCUUCCAAUCAUGAACCACACGGCGCCAGCACUAGUGAAACUAAAGACCCCCAGCCUUCCAUGACUUAAGAGGGAGAAUAGGAGAGAGGGUGGAGACUGGAGACUUUAGGUAAAGUGUUGAGUGAGUUACAGUGUGAGGAUUGGAACAGAUUUGAUGUCAGAGGAUGGUAGUGGGGACAAUAACAGAGACUGUUCAAGAAAGGAGUAAUAAAAGUAAACGAUAAAAGACAUCAUGGAAAAGCCUUUAUACCCAUCAAAAAGUAUGUAAAAACUGCAAAAUUCAUUUUUCAUUUAAUUUAUGAGGAUGUCAGAAUUUACUGUGCAUCACUGUGACCUGGUUCUAAUGUAACUAUGAGGCUGUGGUCUAUCAAUGUAUAAAAUUUUGAAAUAAAUGAAAGGUGGAUUUGACAGUUUUUUUAUCUUUUUAGAUAGCCAUAAUGGCUCUUUCACAACAUGAUAGUUUUAGUUUCAACAUGGUCUCAGUUCAAAUCACUUGCAAGAAAGGUACAACUCUGAAAUGUACUUGUGGGUUAAUUUAACAUUUUAUAUAUGCAUAUGAAUAUCAUCAUCAUUGUUUUACAUUCUGCUUUCCAUGCUAGCAUGGGUUUAUGCAUAUAUAUAUAUCUAUAUAUUGGAUGAUCCAGUGGACUGUUACUCUGGAAUUUCCUUGAUAUGUAGCCUGUUCUUGGGUAAGAAUAAGCUGGAUAGGUAUAUGUGCAUAGACACACGUGUAGACUGCAGGCUGGGCUGUGUGAUUAACAAGUGUGCUUUCCAACCAUGUGGUUUUGGGUUCGGUUCUAUUAUGCAGCACCUUAAGCAAGUGUCUACUAUUAUGGCCUUUAUGAAUGGGUUUGUUACACAGAAACUUAAAGUCACUUGUAUGUGUAUGUACAUAUAUGUUACUGUGUGUUCGUGUAUAUUUGCACUUCUUCAAUAAUUACCAGUAGGUAAUGACACAUGAUAUAUAUAUAUAUAUAUAUAUAUAUAUAUAUAUAUAUAUAUAUAUAUAUAUAUACAUAUAUAUCAUCAUCAUUUAAUGUCCAUUUCCCAUGCUGGAAUGAGAUGGACAGUUUGACUGAGGACUGGCAAGCCAGUAGGCUGCACCAGGCUCCAGUCUGAUCUGGUAAAGUUUCUACAGCUAGAUGCCCUUCCUAACACCAACCACUUUGAGAGUGUAAUGGGUGCUUUUUAUGUGCCACUGGUAUGGUAGCCAGUCAGGUGGCACUGGUAUCAACCAUGUUUGGAUGGUGCUUUUUACAUGCCACCAGCACAGAGCAACUCAGGUUGCUCUGGCAUCAACCCACACUUGAAUGGUGCUUAUUACAUGCCACCAGCACCGGUGGCAGUCAGGCGGCACUGGCUCAAGCUACAACUAUGAUUUCACUUGUCUCAACAGGUUUUCUCAAAUAGUGUAUUGCCCAACAAUUCAAGGGUACUUUUAAAUGGGCUGGUUAUACAACACUAGUAUUGGCCAUGGCUGCAAUCUCAUGUCUAAGGAAUUCUACACAUUUGUGAAACUCCAGCAUAACAGGCCACUAGAUCAGCUUAAAUAAACAAUAUAUACAUGUACAUACAUGUAUAUACAUACACAUGCAUAUAGUAUAUAUAAAAUCUGGAAUUAACAAACAAAUUUAAUUUUAUAACAUAUUGAUAAAUAGUUAUAUUUUUGUAUUAAACAUUUUCACAAAAAG